GAACGUGCUGAGGCACGUUUAGAGGAUUAAUCAGGUUGUCCUCCCACUGGUUUCACUAUCGCACAACGUUCCACCAGCAGAGAGUAAAACAGCUGCAGUGUGUUGAAGGAGAAGUGAGCCUCUGAUCGUCGACAGGACAUCAUGGAUUUAACUCGGUGCUUGUGGUUCAUGUCAGUGUUCUGCUACUGCGUCUCUGUCACCUCAGAUGAUUCAUUGAAUCGGGGGUUUCAUGUGUAUAAGGACCUUGAAAACCCUGAACAAUAUGUUGUGGAGUCCGAGACAGCAGAGACGUUGAAGAGUGAACUCACCACAGUCUUUCUCCCAUUCAUCUACAUCAUCGUAUUUUUGGUGGGACUUCCUGCCAACGGCAUGGCACUCUGGGUCUUCCUCUUCAGGACGAAAAAGAAGCACCCGUCAUCAAUUUACAUGGCCAACCUGGCACUGGCUGACCUGCUCUUUGUCAUUUGGACGCCCCUAAAAAUCGCCUACCACCUUAACGGCAACAACUGGACCUAUGGAGAGCCGCUGUGCAAAGUCCUUGUGAGCUUCUUCUACGGUAACAUGUACUGCUCCAUUCUGUCCAUCACUUGUCUCAGUGUGCAGAGGUACUGGGUCGUGGCUCACCCUCUGUCCCAGCAGAGCAAGAGCACCAACGUGGCUGUUGGCGUGUGUGUCUCCAUCUGGGCUUUCAUCUGGCUCACCACCACCCCUCUGUACCUGUAUGACCACACUGUCAAGCUCAAAGACCCGAACAUCACCACCUGCCAUGACGUCAGCGUCAUAAAAAACCGCACAGAUCCAUUCCCCUCUGUCCAGCUCCCGUUCUACUACUUCAACUUCAUGGCCGUCGUUGUGUUCCUCAUCCCUUGUGUAGUGAUCGUUGUGGCCUAUAUUCUGUUACUCAGAGCUCUGGGGAACAGCAUGCAGGAAAUUAAGGCAGCAAAGAACCGACACAGAUCCAGGGUGUUGAUCAUGACCGUCCUGGUGACAUUCAUGGUGUGUUUCAUCCCCAGUAACAUCAUGCUGGUGGUGCAUUACGCUCUACUGAAGAAUGGAGUGAUAAAUAACGGUUACAGCUUCUACAUCUCCACAUUAUGCCUGGCCAGUCUCAACAGCUGCCUGGACCCAUUCAUCUACUACUUUGUGUCAGAGGACUUCAGGAACCACGUGAAGAACACUCUGCUGUGCCGCAGCAGCAGGACUGUGGAGAGGAUGAGAGUUUCAUUCAGCUCAUUGAAAAACUCCAGGAAGAGCAAGUCAAGUACGUCAGACACAGGGAAGACAAAGAGCAGCACAUGUUAGCCAGAUAAAGCAGAGCUAUCGAGCCUGUACCUGCACUGUAGUGUUCAGAUAACAUGGCAUCACACAGGCAGUGAGGCACUGGGAUACAUUCUGUAAAGACUUCACUGGGAUGAGAGGAGAUUUCUUUUUAAGAUGUGUGUUACUUCAUUAUGGGACACAUUCUAUAAAGAUAAGACAGUCAUUUGCAACCAGUUCAACUCAAGGCAUCUCAUAUGAAUGUGAACAUGACUGUACUGGGAUGAGAGCGGAAUUCAUUUUAAGAUAUGUGUUACUAUAUUAUGUACUGAUGUUUGAUUUUAAAAUGUGAAACAUUUAUGCAUAUUUUGUUAUAUGUUGUGUAUAUGUAAAGAUAGAAAGGGCCUUUUUAAGGCCUGACUUGGCUGCAACAGAUAAAUGUGGGUUGUCACUGCAGUGAAGAACAUUUACAAACAAUCUCUGAAAUAAGAGCCAAACUGAACUGAUUUGUGCAGCAGAUCAGUUGUGUCUAAUUUUAUGUCAGUCGGAAUUUGGUCAAAUCAUUUAGCAAAAUUCCUGCAGCAAGUUUGAAUGUAACUCUAACUUUUUAUACCACGUGUUGUUUUUAAACCCCUUCACUCGAUUGUGUAAAUGAUUAAAGUCCUGUUCCUGAA